AUGAACUUCGUCUCUUGUCUCAAAACAGUCAGCAUGCGAAUAGACGUGGAGACGCUGCCAUUCCUCAUGACAGACAGCGACAUCCCGAUCCUCAGAGUGGCGAUGGCCUACACGGCCCAUGAAGAGGCCCUGCUCCGCACCCAGGCGCGCAACGCCAUGUUGACACUUUUUUCGAAGAUGAAGAUGGGCGAGGAACAGCUGUUGCGGACUGCCUUGGAAAUGGCAAAGUCCAGGUUGCCGACCCCUUUGUGCACUUUGCUGUGGCAGAAUUGGGCAAACAUGGCACAAGCAGCCAAAAACAGGAAUGCUCCGGCUUUGCAAAAAUGGGCAUUCCGUGAAGAGGACCUUUGGGACCAUCUGGCCGAACUGAUCAAGCUUGACAUCACAGACGUCACACAGAUGGUCUGUGGUGUUAUAGUGGGAAGUCUGGUCUGGAAACUGGGAUCCCUGACUCCCACAGAUGUGAGAGUGAACCACUGGAGCGCUCCCUUUGUGAACAGCGACGAUUUCGACUCAGAGCCGAUGAUGGCCGUUCCGCCUCCAGGGGCGUGGAAUCUGUCGCCGAAGUCCCACACAGAAUCAACGGCCUCGCUGUCGGCGGACCAGUCUUCGCUGGAGGAGUGUGCCAGCUUUACUGCGUGUGGGCUUGGAACCGCCAUGAAGGUUGCGGAGACGUUCGCCAUAGAUAUGGCAUCCAGUGAGCAUUGCGCCGCCAUGGCUCUGAGAACCCUGGCAACCUACGCGGGAACUCUUCGACACGCAGGCAUUGCUUGUGCGCUCAUGCCACUUGUGGAGCUAAUCCUUUUGCCAUUUAUUCCUUCUGGCUCGAUUCGUGCCAUGGCAGACCUCGAUGCGGGCUGCAUCACUGAGGACUUGCUCGCCCUGACCGAGCACUUUGUUGCUGGUGCCAUGGAAGAUUCCAAAUUUGUUGCCAGGAACCAUGAAGAUGGCACGCCGCCAACGCACGAAGAGGAGGAAGCAAUGAAGAAAAACCGCGUGGAGUACUGGCAAGGGAUGCUGCAUGGUGCACAUUCGAUGGUGCCAGGGCGAGACACGGUGCCCAAUCCUUUUCGGGCCGCAAUUCUGGCAAAGAUGGGCUUUAGCAGAGAUGGUAUUCUGCCUGCACAGCUCCCCCUUCGUGCGAAUUGCAACACGUUUUCCUUCCAGUCUCUGCUGGAUGACAAAACAGCUGCCACUCUUGCGAUCAUGGAGUUGGAGCGGGCGUAUCCAGACUUGCUGGAGCACACAAAGCUCUUGGCACACUCCGCACCGGUUGAUCCGGUUGAUCCGGUCAUCGAAGAACCCACACAGCUUCCAGCGUCCGAAACAGUGCCUGGCACUUUCGCCGAAGCGUUUGCCUGGUAUCGCCGAUAUCACAGCCACGGCGGAAAAAGACGUGCCAUGGCGUUUCAAAUAAACUGCGUUGCGACAGAACACCUAUCUCUCUACGCGGCAAUGUUCGAGCCUAUGUUAGAGACAAUUAGCGGCUGGCUCACCUAUGUCGCGGAGUCUGUGCCGUCACUGCAAGAGCCAAAUGAGCCUUUGCAGUCGCAAGAGACAUUGACAAAAGAGGGCAUGGAAGGACUGCUGUCCUCCUUGAAGUUUCCGUUGUCGUAUGGACAUCAGGAGUUCAAGGAACAUUGGCCCCACACGCCCCAUGAAGCCAAGCUGGUGAUCCAAAGCCUGCAUGACCUGGCGCGUGCAUUGUUUGGAGCCAGGGAGGAUGAUGCAGUCGUGGCAUCUUUCUUGGAGAAGAGGGGAUUGAGUCUUCUAGUAGAAGCACUGCUCGCGAAGUCAACUCCCGAGAUCAUCCGCGCACAGGCGUGGCAGUCGCUGUGCCUAAUCCUGCUGAAUGUGGAGGAGGAUGUCUUCCAACGGUUGAUCAUUGGGCGUGAGCUGGAUGUGUUGUGGUCUCGUGAGCCAGAUCUUCGCAUUGAGGAGAAUCGGAUGAACUUCGUCUCUUGUCUCAAAACAGUCAGCAUGCGAAUAGACGUGGAGACGCUGCCGUUCCUCAUGACAGACAGCGACAUCCCGAUCCUCAGAGUGGCGAUGGCCUACACGGCCCAUGAAGAGGCCCUGCUCCGCACCCAGGCGCGCAACGCCAUGUUGACACUUUUUUCGAAGAUGAAGAUGGGCGAGGAACAGCUGUUGCGGACUGCCUUGGAAAUGGCAAAGUCCAGGUUGCCGACCCCUUUGUGCACUUUGCUGUGGCAGAAUUGGGCAAACAUGGCACAAGCAGCCAAAAGCAGGAAUGCUCCGGCUUUGCAAAAAUGGGCAUUCCGUGAAGAGGACCUUUGGGACCAUCUGGCCGAACUGAUCAAGCUUGACAUCACAGACGUCACACAGAUGGUCUGUGGUGUUAUAGUGGGAAGUCUGGUCUGGAAACUCGGAGCGCUGACUCCCAGAGAUGUGGGAGUGAACCACUGGAGCGCUCCCUUUGUGAACAGCGACGAUUUCGACCCAGAGCCGAUGAUGGCCGUUCCGCCUCCAGGGGCGUGGAAUCUGUCGCCGAAGUCCCACACAGAAUCAACGGCCUCGCUGUCGGCGGACCAGUCUUCGCUGGAGGAGUGUGCCAGCUUUACUGCGCGUGGGCUUGGAACCGCCAUGAAGGUUGCGGAGACGUUCGCCAUAGAUAUGGCAUCCAGUGAGCAUUGCGCCGCCAUGGCUCUGAGAACCCUGGCAACCUACGCGGGAACUCUUCGACACGCAGGCAUUGCUUGUGCGCUCAUGCUAAUCCUGUUGCCAUUCAUUCCUUCUGGCUCGAUUCGUGCCAUGGCAGACCUCGAUGCGGGCUGCAUCACUGAGGACUUGCUCGCCCUGACCGAGCACUUUGUUGCUGGUGCCAUGGAAGAUUCCAAAUUUGUUGCCAGGAACCAUGAAGAUGGCACGCCGCCAACGCACGAAGAGGAGGAAGCAAUGAAGAAAAACCGCAUGGAGUACUGGCAAGGGAUGCUGCAUGGUGCACAUUCGAUGGUGCCAGGGCGAGACACGGUGCCCAAUCCUUUUCGGGCCGCAAUUCUGGCAAAGAUGGGCUUUAGCAGAGAUGGUAUUCUGCCUGCACAGCUCCCCCUUCGUGCGAAUUGCAACACGUUUUCCUUCCAGUCUCUGCUGGAUGACAAAACAGCUGCCACUCUUGCGAUCAUGGAGUUGGAGCGGGCGUAUCAUGGAUCAAAACUGCAAAGGGUGCUGUCUCAGUUGGAGCACCAAAGACUCCAACGAUGUGCCCAGGGCAUCCGACGUGCGGCGCACACCAAAGCCUUGGCACAAUCGCACGGAUUGAUCGGUUGUGGGAGGCAAUGGCUGCAGCUUCGUGUCAUUGUAAGCGAAGAUGCUUCAUGUGAGUCCCAAAGCCGGACGAACUCAGCUGAAACCCAAGUGCUCGUUUGCAGCUUGGGCUCAAGCAGGUUUCAAAUAAACUGCGUUGCGACAGAACACCUGUCUCUCUACGCGGCAAUGUUCGAGCCUAUGUUAGAGACAAUUAGCGGCUGGCUCACCCACGUCGCGGAGUCUGUGCUCUCAUUGCAAGAGCCAAAUGAGCCUUUGCAGUCGCAAGAGACAUUGACAAAAGAGGGCAUGGAGGGACUGCUGUCCUCCUUGAAGUUUCCAUUGUCGUAUGGACAUCAGGAGUUCAAGGAACAUUGGCCCCACACGCCCCAUGAAGCCAACCUCGUGAUCCAAAGCCUGCAUGACCUGGCGCGUGCAUUGUUUGGAGCCAGGGAGGAUGAUGCAGUCGUGGCAUCUUUCUUGGAGAAGAGGGGAUUGAGUCUUCUAGUAGAAGCACUGCUCGCGAAGUCAACUCCCGAGAUCAUCCGCGCACAGGCGUGGCAGUCGCUGUGCCUAAUCCUGCUGAAUGUGGAGGAGGAUGUCUUCCAACGGUUGAUCAUUGGGCGCGAGCUGGAUGUGUUGUGGUCUGGCGAGCCAGAUCUUCGAAUUGAGGAGAAUCGGAUGAACUUCGUCUCUUGUCUCAAAACAGUCAGCAUGCGAAUAAACGUGGAGACGCUGCCGUUCCUCAUGACAGACAGCGACAUCCCGAUCCUCAGAGUGGCGAUGGCCUACACGGCCCAUGAAGAGGCCCUGCUCCGCACCCAGGCGCGCACGGCCAUGUUAACACUUUUUUCGAAGAUGAAGAUGGGCGAGGAACAGCUGUUGCGGACUGCCUUGGAAAUGGCAAAGUCCAGGUUGCCGACCCCUUUGUGCACUUUGAUGUGGCAGAAUUGGGCAAACAUGGCACAAGCAGCCAAAAACAGGAAUGCUCCGGCUUUGCAAAAAUGGGCAUUCCGUGAAGAGGACCUUUGGGACCAUCUGGCCGAACUGAUCAAGCUUGACAUCACAGACGUCACACAGAUGGUCUGUGGUGUUAUAGUGGGAAGUCUGGUCUGGAAACUAGGAUCCCUGACUCCCACAGAUGUGGGAGUGAACCACUGGAGCGCUCCCUUUGUGAACAGCGACGAUUUCGACUCAGAGCCGAUGAUGGCCGUUCCGCCUCCAGGGGCGUGGAAUCUGUCGCCGAAGUCCCACACAGAAUCAACGGCCUCGCUGUCGGCGGACCAGUCUUCGCUGGAGGAGUGUGCCAGCUUUACUGCGUGUGGGCUUGGAACCGCCAUGAAGGUUGCGGAGACGUUCGCCAUAGAUAUGGCAUCCAGUGAGCAUUGCGCCGCCAUGGCUCUGAGAACCCUGGCAACCUACGCGGGAACUCUUCGACACGCAGGCAUUGCUUGUGCGCUCAUGCCACUUGUGGAGCUAAUCCUUUUGCCAUUUAUUCCUUCUGGCUCGAUUCGUGCCAUGGCAGACCUCGAUGCGGGCUGCAUCACUGAGGACUUGCUCGCCCUGACCGAGCACUUUGUUGCUGGUGCCAUGGAAGAUUCCAAAUUUGUUGCCAGGAACCAUGAAGAUGGCACGCCGCCAACGCACGAAGAGGAGGAAGCAAUGAAGAAAAACCGCGUGGAGUACUGGCAAGGGAUGCUGCAUGGUGCACAUUCGAUGGUGCCAGGGCGAGACACGGUGCCCAAUCCUUUUCGGGCCGCAAUUCUGGCAAAGAUGGGCUUUAGCAGAGAUGGUAUUCUGCCUGCACAGCUCCCCCUUCGUGCGAAUUGCAACACGUUUUCCUUCCAGUCUCUGCUGGAUGACAAAACAGCUGCCACUCUUGCGAUCAUGGAGUUGGAGCGGGCGUAUCCAGACUUGCUGGAGCACACAAAGCUCUUGGCACACUCCGCACCGGUUGAUCCGGUUGAUCCGGUCAUCGAAGAACCCACACAGCUUCCAGCGUCCGAAACAGUGCCUGGCACUUUCGCCGAAGCGUUUGCCUGGUGGGAGACAAUGGCUGCAGCUUCGUGUCAUUGUAAGCGAAGAUGCUUCAUGUGA